UCAUGCUGCUGCCAGGUCCACAGUCUCUCAUGGGUCCCUGUACGGCCUCCCAUUGCUGCUGUCUCCAUCGCCACACUCUGCCAUGUGCCACUUUCAGGUCUCCUCACACUGCUGGUGUGUUCCAUUUUUUGUCAUAGGGUGCUGGCAGAUUACGGGCCUCCCAUAGCUGCUGCCAGGCCCCUAAUCUGCCAUGGGCCCCUGUACCGCCUCCUCAUGCUGCUGCCAGGUCCACAGUCUCUCAUGGGUCCCUGUACGGCCUCCCAUUGCUGCUGUCUCCAUCGCCACACUCUGCCAUGUGCCACUUUCAGGUCUCCUCACACUGCUGGUGUGUUCCAUUUU